AUGGCAUCCAUAUCCACCAAACCCGACUACGAAUACGCAAUGCCUGGAUUCCGAGGAUUUGCCGGCAGUAUCUCCGAGGAAGAACUUGUUCGACUCCAGGCUUCUGAGCAUGUUGAGUACAUCGAACAGAGCGCCAAGGUCCACAGCAGCGAGAUCGUGCAACAGCUGAACUCCACGUGGGGUUUAGCUCGUAUCUCUCAUGCCGAGCCGUAUCAAACGAGUUAUCUUUUCGAUUCCAGCGCUGGGGAGGGUACAUGCGCAUACGUCAUUGACACAGGCAUCGAGGUUGAACAUCCAGAAUUUGGAGGACCUGACUUCAGCGGCGAGGACACCAUGAUCGACGCCAUGGGCCACGGAACUCACGUGGCUGGUACAAUCGGCUCGAUGACUUGGGGCGUGGCAAAGAAGACAACGCUGCUCGCUAUCCGUGUACUGGACUCGUACGGUUCUGGUACAACCGAGGGCGUACUUGCGGGUAUGGAGUAUGUUAUUACCGAUGCAGCAAAACGUAGUGAGGCUGGAGAAUGUCCCAACGGUUUCGUGGCCAACAUGAGUCUUGGAGGGCGUAAGAUGCAGGCCCUGAAUGAUGCUGCCGCUGCCAUCGUUGCAGCGGGAAUCUUCCUUGGUGUCGCAGCGGGCAAUGAGGGACGCGACGCUAAAUACUCGUCUCCGGCAUCUGAACCUAGUGUCUGCACCGUGGGUGCUACAGCCUUUAACGAUACGCUCAUCGAAUGGUCCAACUAUGGCCCUAUAGUCGACAUUCUGGCACCCGGCGUUGACAUCACCAGCACUUGGAUCGGCAAAUCGAUCGAUACGAUUUCUGGAACCAGCAUGGCAACCCCUCAUAUCGUUGGUUUAGCCGCGUACUUCAUGGGUCAAGGAUGGCCAGUCGAAGGGUUGUGCGAAAGCAUGGCUGGCGUCGCGACAAAGGGCGCGAUCGAUGAAAGUACUCUCCAUGAUAGCACACCGAAUCUUCUAGCUUUCAACAUGGCCGAAGCAUCCCAGCAGUACGGCAGACGUACAAAGCGGGUCGCGUAG